CCUGCGUGGUGGAGGAGGAGGAGGAGGAGGCGGGACUCGGAGCACCUAAACAGACGGAGGGGUUAUGCAUUGUGCUCAGUGUGUCAGUGCUGCAUCCACCAGAGAGAGAGACAGAGACAGUGAGGGCCACACACGGCCACAUUAACCCUGAGCUGAAAAACCUGCACAGACGCAUAAAGAGAGGACGAAUCUGCGAUCAUCUCUGCAGCCUUUCCACGGACUGUGUAGCUCCUUUGUUGCCAUCAUCAGUCCGCCGGGCUGCAGGAGGAGAAGCUGGAGGGGGGGUGGAGGAGGACUGGGGAAGAAAAAAGCCCGAUCAGUCGGCGGCGGAAGGGACGUGAUAUGAACCUCUCAUCGGCUUAAGACGGCAGCGCAGUGCUAGAACAGAGGGGUGGAGGACCACAGAGGACAUUUCUACCUUUGCUUUUUUUUUUUUUUUUUUAACCUGCAGCUGAAGGCCUGAUAAUAAUACCCACGGAAUCUGUAGCGAUGCCCGGGUUUGAUUACAAGUUUCUGGAAAAGCCAAAGAGACGCUUCCAGUGUCCGCUCUGCAGCAAGGCGAUGCGGGAGCCGGUCCAAGUGUCUACCUGUGGACAUCGGUUCUGUGACACCUGUCUGCAAGAAUUUCUAAGUGAGGGCGUCUUCAAGUGUCCAGAAGAUCAGCUGCCGUUGGACUAUGCCAAGAUCUACCCAGACCCGGAGCUGGAGCAACAGAUCCUGGCGCUGCCCAUCCGCUGCAUCCACAGUGAGGAGGGCUGUCGCUGGACCGGCCAGAUGAAGCAGCUGCAGGGCCACUUCUCCACCUGCGCCUUCAAUGUGAUACCCUGCCCAAACCGCUGCUCCGUCAAGCUGACGCGCCGCGAUUUGCCCGACCACCUGCAGCACGACUGCCCCAAGCGCAAGGUCAAGUGCGAGUUCUGCGGCAGCGAGUUCACCGGCGAAGCCUACGAGAACCACCAGGGUGUGUGUCCUCAGGAGAGUGUUUACUGUGAGAACAAGUGUGGGGCGAGGAUGAUGCGUCGUCUGCUGUCCCAACACGGCAUGGCCGAGUGUCCCAAACGUACGCAACCCUGCAAGUACUGCGGCAAGGAGUUUGUCUUCGACACAAUCCAGAACCAUCAGUACCACUGCCCUCGCUUUCCUGUCCAGUGCCCAAACCAGUGUGGCACACCCAACAUCGCCCGGGAGGAUCUGGCUAACCAUGUGAAGGACAACUGUGGCAGCGCGCUCGUUCUCUGCCCCUUCAAAGACGCCGGCUGCAAACACAGAUGCCCCAAACUGGCUAUCGGUCGUCAUCUGGAAGACACCACCAAGUCUCACCUGACCAUGAUGUGUAACCUGGUUGGACGCCAGCGGCAGGAGAUCCUGGAGCUGCGGAGGGAGAUGGAGGAGCUGUCAGUCAGUCACGACGGCGUCCUCAUCUGGAAGCUCAACGACUACUCCCGCAAACUCCAGGAGGCCAAACUUCGAAGCAACCACGAGUUCUUCAGCCCGCCCUUCUACACUCACCGUUACGGCUACAAGCUACAAGUGUCGGCCUUCCUCAAUGGUAACGGCAGCGGCGAAGGCUCCCACCUCUCCGUCUACAUCCGUGUGUUGCCCGGCGAGUACGACAGCCUGCUGGAGUGGCCCUUCUCCUACAAGGUGACUUUCUCCAUCAUGGACCAGAGCGACCCGUCGCUUUCCAAACCCCAGCACAUCACCGAGACCUUCAACCCCGACCCCAACUGGAAGAACUUCCAGAAACCCUGCAGCAGCCGCAACUCGCUGGACGAGAGCACCCUUGGCUUCGGCUACCCCAAGUUCAUCUCCCACGAGGAGAUCAAGAAGAGGAACUACAUCCGAGACAACUGCAUCUUCAUCAAGGCUUCUAUAGAGAUUCCCCAGAAGAUAAUGGCUUAAGAUCCGACCUUUGUUUUCUGUUUAUGAAGGAGGAAAAUGGGUUAAGGACUGGAACUGAUAAUAACCUUGAAAACUUCUACACCCUUUAGAUACUUUCUGCCCUGACAGUCUCUCCACCACAGAGCUUGAAGCGAGUCUGUUUGGCUGUGUGAGCUGACUCGGAGGACCUUGAUAUAUCACAGAGGAGAAAGUGUUUGGUCUGCAGAACCAUCACUCUCUGGUGUUUCUUUUUAUUAUUUUUUUUAUCUGUUUGCUGACCUUUUUAUCACAGUCUACAACAAAAAGCCUUGGAAAUCAAACAGUGCCUAGAGAGUUUAUCUUAAGUUAUAUUUUUGUUGUUAUUUCCGCAGUACAGAUGCUAAAGAUUAUGGAAAAGAUAUAAAAAAAAAUAAGGGGUGAAGGGCUUCACUAAGCCUCUGCACUUAGAGUUAGAGAGGAAGCUGGUUAGAGACGUCCCCGUCGGGGUAAUCUAAAGAAGACAGAGCUCAGCAGACUCAAGCUCAAGCCCAUCUGCCUUUUGUUUACACGCUUAUACAGUAUACUCCCAUUGAUCCCUUAAAAAACAAAGAGCCGUUGGUAAGAGACUACUCAUGAGGUUUGUGUGCGCACGAACAUCAAAUCGAUGUUUUCAUGUGAGAUUUUUUUGGGGGGUUUUAAAGGAGUAGUUUGACAUUUUGGUUUGGUCAGAGAGUGGUAUCAAUCUUCUGAGAUUAUUGGACCAAAAUGUAAAACUAUUCCUUUACUUUGGGCUUUUUAAAAACUACACAACAAAACUCUGAAGUUAGAUCUGUCUCUUCUAAUAAACAGGAACUGUCUGUGGCUUGUGUUUGUCAGUAGUUUGACCCAGUCGUAAAAAAAAAAAAAAAGCUUCAGGAGCGUGCAGAUGUACCAAACACACUCUUCAUAGUGACCCUGUGAGGCUUAGUGUCCACCAAUAGGAAAUAAAAAAAAGCACCUUUCGUCAGUCUUCGGAUGAGCAGAGCAGACAAAGAAGCCAGUCGUCGGAAUACAUGCGCAUUUUAAUAGUGAAGGAAAAGCCAUGUGGCCUUUUUAUACAGUAUGUCUUCGCAUGAAGGUUUUAGGGGUGAGCAGGGCAACAUAAACACAUGCAUGCUUCAUGUGCUACCACCUGGACCACAUUUUUGUACUGUAACCUGUAUUCUUGAAAUCCUCUCCCGUUCAUGGCUAAUUUGUCUCCUUUUGUUUUGGACCUUUUUUUGAAAAGUUGACAAAUCGUCGAUAAAGAGUAGGUUUUUUUUUAAAGGUUUUUUUUUUCUUUUAUAUACAGAAAAUGUGAACACUGUUGGUAAUAUAACCUAUAAAGACAAUGAACACUUGGCUGUGAAGUGUAUUGUUUUACAUAGCCUGGGCAUGGACGAUUGUGUACUGUUUGGAAAAAGAUGGUUAACGAAAGGUCUCUGCAAACUUGUGUGGGUGUCUGGGGACCAACUACACCUUUGUCGUCGGCCCACGACGUGGACGAAAGGGGACGCAGCCCAGUGCGAUACAGCUGUUUCCAUCGCAGCACCAUCAGAGGGGUGGAGGACUUUGAUGAUACAGUACACUCAUGACGUAUGUGAAUACUAAUGUAAAAAUGCAGAAGCACAUUCUGUCUUUUUAUUAUUCUACAUGGAAAAAUUCAUGAUUUCUUGUCAUAAUACCAGCUGAUAUUUUACAGUGAUUUAAAGAAGUGAGAAGAUUAAAAAAAAAAAAAAGAAAAAAAACUUUUUUGUAAGAUUCUGUAUUUUUAAAAAUACUUAGCUGUUUUAUACAAACACUUUUUCGUUUGGAGAGUCGGGGUUGACUUUGGGAAUUUUCAGACCCUUUCGUCUCUUUGGACAUUUGGAUAAUUUGUUUGUACUUGUGGUUUGAGCCUCACAUAUUCUGUCUGUAUUAUUUCCUCUUAAAAGUAUUUAUUUUAAGGAGCCGUCAUGUGAGUUUGCACAGAUGGCAACAAAUGUUUUAAUAUGUUGAUCGAUGAGUGCUUGUCAAUUUCUUAAUUGAAAUAAAAUACCAUAUAUUAUA